AUGAGUGAACAGAAUAGUGAAGGAGUGGUUUCUUCAUUAUAUCCACCGCCACCUCCAUACGUUCGGUUUUUCACGGACGAGAAUAUAGAGAAAGUAAAGAAAUUAAAGGAGGAUGGCGAAACAGAGCAAGAAAUUUCUAAAAUGAAGGAUCUAAAGUUUUUAAUACCUCCAACGAAGCCAGAUAUGCCAACUUAUAGAUCCUUUGGUGACGUGUGGCCGUUUGAGGAUAGAUUUAUCACACUUAAAGAGUCUGGGGUCACUCAAUUAUUUAAAGGCAAUGAGAACGAGAACCAGGAGAACGAAGAGGUUUUCACUGUUGAGAGAAUAAAGGAACUCAAGAAAUUGACAAUGUCUUUACUUUUAAACUUUUUGGAACUCGUAGGACUUUUAUCAAAGAAUCCGCAAUAUGCAUUCAACAAAAUCAACAAUAUACAGAUAAUAUUGAUAAAUUUACAUCACUUACUAAAUAGUUACAGGUUACAUCAAUCCAGAGAAUCUCUUAUUCUUCGAAUAGAGGAGAAAAUUCGAAAGGAUCAAGAAACAAUUGAUAAAAUAGAGCAGACUUGCAAAAAUGUGGAGGCAAAAAUUAAUAUGUUAAUAUCUUCGGGUGAAUUACAGUCGGAACGGCCUCAGAGUAUAAAAAGACCAGAAAAGAAAACUGGAGAAGGAGAUUAUUCUUUCAAUUCCGAGAACGAUGAUGCUAAGAUGCUUAAACAGAAUGCUAUUACGAAAAUAAUAGAGGGUAUAAAAGUCGACGAGACUUCCAUGAAAGAUGCUAGGAACUUAUGA